UCGGUGUGCAGUGCAGUGGGUUCCGCAGCGUUCCGGCCUUCCGCCGUCGAGGACGUUGUCGGCGUCCAGCGGGCAUCAGGCGGCAGGCGUUGCCGGGAGCCCCCUUCCACUUCCACGGCGUCCACGCGGACCCUGGACCGGUCCGGCGACUCCGCGCUGCUCCGCGCCCCGCCGCGCCUCACCUCUCCGGCCGGGCUACCGCUUUUUGCCUUUUACCUCAUCGCCGCGCCGCCGAGCAACCCGUCCAGCCCGCGCAGUGCGUUGCUGUUGCUGACCGCCGCGGCCGCCGAAACCUCUGGAUCGAGUGGCAGUGAGUUCGCGGAGGACCACGCCAAGAGCACCGUCGCGAAGAGCAGAAACCCUAGCCGUCGCCAUGCCCACGCUAGACAGGGACGAGCCCGCCUUCCUGGCGGAGUGCGAGUCGGUGCUGUCCUCGGCGCCGUCGCCCGGAGCCAGCGGGGACUUCGGCAAGGACUCGCGGCUCAGCUCGUACGGCAGCACCAGCACCUCGUCCACCACCUCGCUGCCGGGGUCUAAGCCGCCCGCGCCGCCCGCCACCACACUGCCGAAGGACCUCCAGGACCCCGAGCAGUGGGCGCUGCUCGGCGCCGUGCUGCCGCCGCCGGGCGGCUGGGCCAAGUCCAGCAUCCCGCCGGGGCUGACGGCCGCGGAGGUGAUCCCGCUGGCGCAAGACCCGUUCUGGUGCCGGCUGCGCGCCUGCUUCAUGGCCCUGUUCUGGGUCAUCAUGGUGGCGUUGCUGGCCUGCGUCGUGGUGAUCGUCGUCAACGACCCCAAGCCCUGCGGCGUGCCGCGGACGCCCGUCCUGCCGCCGCAGCGCAGCCUCAACGUCAGCCUGCCCCUCGCCGCCAUGCCCGUGCUGCAGGUCAUGGCCGCCUCGCGGUACUAGCCCGCCGCCCCGUCCACGUCAUCGCCAUCGUCAUCGUCACCCUCACCCCCAUCGACGGCAAACAUCUGUGAUAAAUUAGUAGAAGACUCGUCAUUGCAGUGACCAAGUGCGUUUGUGAUUGUUUACGCGUGUGUGCGUGUUUGUCUGCCUGCGAGCGUCCCUCUUGUCUGAUGGCCGGCCGGCCCGUCAGCGCCUUCGUCACCAGCAGCAGGCGUGCCGCAACAUGGCGGCGAUACCCCGCGCGGCCUAGAGCGCUCUGUGCGCGGAGUAUCGCCAACAGUGCUGCACGGCACGGGGCAUCGCCGGCGUAUCGUUUUGGAGAUUUGGAGGUGGCCGUCAAGCACACUCACCUCGGCGCCCUCGCCCUGGGCUAUGUCCACGACCACGUCCCCGACCACGUCGCGCAAACACGUGCCGGCCGGCCUUCCCCGGGUCGGGUCGGGCCGCGGGAACCGACCAAACGACGCACCGAGCGGCGAGCCGAGCAAUAUGUGAUGCUUACUGUGUAGCGCGUUCUGUGUCCGAGUGUCAAUACUUGUAGUCAAUUGGAAUAAAUGUGAUUGCCUCUGUA